GUCGCUGUCAUUUAGUUCUCGCACUGUCUGACUGCAACUUGUGUUACGUUUGUAGGAGUUCGUCGCAGAUUUGGUUGCUGUUUUCCUUCCGUUUUGAUCUGUUUAGAUUCUGCGUUUUCUAACUGGUCCAUCAUCACCUAAUUUUCUUCAGAUUGGUUUGGACGAGUUUUUCCCAAAUAAAAUGAUGCAAAACGGCAUGGACAGUGUGCCCCAACAGAAUGGCACAUUGCAUAACAAUUCCUCCACCUCAUCUUCUUCAAAUUCACACAAUUCCUCUUCACAAACGAAUACUGGAGGUCAGCAAGAGGAAAGUAAGACAAACCUCAUUGUGAAUUACCUUCCUCAGACGAUGACCCAGGAGGAAAUUCGAUCUCUCUUCUCUUCCAUUGGCGAGGUAGAAAGUUGUAAACUCAUCAGGGACAAAGUUACAGACACCGACACAGAGCCGUGCUCCAGUAUUCUUGGUCGUCAAAGCUUGGGGUAUGGAUUCGUGAACUACCACCGACCAGAGGAUGCAGAGAAAGCUAUCAAUACGCUGAACGGCCUCAGAUUACAGAACAAGACGAUAAAGGUGUCGUACGCUCGGCCUAGCAGUGAGGCUAUAAAGGGUGCCAAUUUAUACGUCAGUGGGCUGCCAAAGAACAUGACUCAACAGGAUCUUGAGAAUUUGUUCAGCCCUUAUGGACGUAUUAUCACUUCACGGAUUCUCUGUGACAACAUUACUGUCCGCCAAUAUGUCAGUGGAGCUGGAGAAAGUUUGCCCUGUCUGUCGAAAGGAGUUGGAUUCAUAAGGUUUGACCAGCGCAUUGAAGCGGAACGAGCUAUCCAGGAGCUGAAUGGAACCAUUCCGAAGGGAUCCACAGAACCGAUCACCGUAAAGUUCGCAAAUAAUCCUAGUAACAACAAUAAGGCGAUCCCACCUCUGGCGGCGUAUCUGGCACCGCAGGCAAGACGUUUCGGCGGACCGAUACACCACCCGACGGGGCGCUUCAGGUAUAUUCCACUGUCACCACUAUCCAGCAGCCCGUAUGGACUGCCGCUGUGGCCUGACGCAAGAGAUUGCACUGGCAAGACCAUGCUAGCCAUAAACAAAGGCUUACAGAGGUAUUCACCAUUGGCUGGUGAUCUGCUGGCCAACUCGAUGAUCCCAGGGAAUACCAUGAAUGGUUCUGGUUGGUGCAUCUUUGUAUACAACCUUGCCCCAGAGACAGAAGAGAACGUCUUGUGGCAGCUUUUCGGGCCCUUCGGUGCAGUUCAGAGUGUGAAGGUUAUUCGAGACCUGCAGACCAACAAGUGUAAAGGGUUUGGCUUUGUUACGAUGACCAAUUAUGACGAGGCCGUCGUUGCAAUCCAAUCUUUGAAUGGUUAUACCCUGGGCAACCGCGUUUUGCAGGUUUCUUUCAAAACCAACAAGAGUAAAGCUACAUAAAUGUUGACGAAGAAACUGUUAUGGGCCGCCGCCAUAUUGGCAGUGCGGUUAUAAAAUGUGACCAUGCUAGUCAACUGAGGCUGUAUUUGUCUGUAUCUUAUCAGGAUUUUUAAUAGUCCUGAGAAAACAGCUUAUUGCUGGGAAAUGUGAAGAUAUCUACCCCGCGCUCCGCAUCUAAAGACUGUAGGUAGUACAGUCAUGUUCGUAUCCUCCUCCCCCCCCCCCUUGCAAUCCCGCACCAAUAAUUACGAGACAAAUGCAGCCUUCAGAGGAGUUAUAUCUUUCCAUUUGUACUGUGGUAAAUGUAUCAGCAGUACAUCGAUUAUAAUUUGGAUCAUACUGAGCCAAACACAGAGCUAGUCAACAAGAGUGCAAGUCAUGUGGUCAUGCGAGUUUGCUAAGACCCAAAAUGGAAUCCUCAAAAUCUUGAUCAUUUUUUUGUUCUGUUAUACGCUACUAGUCAUAAAUAAAUAUUGCCGUGGCUGUAGGUGGGGGCACGGAGACGUCCCACUGAAGAUAAAAAUACUUAUUUUCAUUUGGUAACUGCGGCGAGAUUUCUGGGUUUUUGUUCAGGCGUGAAUAAAUAAAAUUAAUUUCUUUAUUUAUAAUAUUAAAUAUAAAAUUUUAUGGUACUUAAAUAAUUUUUUUUUGUUCGUGUAGUUUUUUUUUUCGUUUAAUCACCUGACAAAGUAUGUGAUUAACACUGCGUAUAUUCAUAUUAUUAUUAUAAUAAUAAUUAUUAUUUAAUUGUUACAAGUAGUGACAGAGAAUACACCUAUCGUAAAUGUCUCUUAUUAUUCUGAGUUAAUACACACGUGCAUGUGACAGUGGAACUGACUUAUUUUGGCAUUAGUGCAACGUUUAUGGAGGUAUUAUUUAUAAUUUUGAGUUUUCAGAAUAAUUAAACAAGUUGUUUUUGUGUUGACAAUUUUUUUUUUCAUUUCAUUUGUUUACGGUGAAAAUCCUGACAAGUUUUCCACAACCCGACUACUACUAACAAAUUUGCACUGACCAGCUUGUAAUUCCUUUAUCCUUGGUUAUUUAUUUGUGUUUCGUGAUAUGACGUAGAUCUCAGGCAACGUAAAAAAACUUAUGGUCCCGUUUUAUGUAUUUUUAUCUCUUUUCUUUUUUUUUUAGUUGAAAGGUUUUGGGGGAACCACAAAGACUUGCACAGAACAAUAAUUCAUAAUAAUUAAAUAAUAUAAAUAAUGAAAAUAAAUCAGGUAACCUAUCAAAUAUGCUGCCCAACUUGAUAUGUCAACUUCCACGAAAGAAAUUUAUUUUUGUAAGAACACUUAUCAAAUUUAACAAAUGCAUUCCUAGUGGGCAAACGAUUUUAAAUGAAAGACAUGAAAAAAGUAUGAAGAAAUUUAAAUAUCUAACGAAGGAGAAUUUGUCUCCUCGCAUUCUUAAAGUUUCUAUAGUGUCAGGUAGUUUACCUUUGCAAUAGGAGUUUCUGAGCUAAGUGUGUUUGCACGGGAAUCGAACUGUCCUCCACGUAACCUUUUUCCUGUUUAUCCUUCCCCCAGAUUGGUGAGCGGGCAUUUAUAUCGUCAUAAAUGGCGGCCAAGUGGCUAUUUCACCCUAUUUUGACUUUGAUGAAACUGUAUUAGUCUGUUGUGUCAGGGGAUAUGCAGCAACCCCUAACACUCAGUCUGCCGAAAUAAUUAUUAUUUUCGUAAUUCCUAUUGAUGCAAGCAAUAUACUGGGUAUAGAGGGAGUCCUAACCACUUGCUAGUCGACUUUCGUGCUCGCUCGCCACACUGCGAGUUCGAUCCCGUUAAGACUGUCAGACGUCGUCGUAGUGGAAGGAAUCAGGAUUCUUACGUAAUGCCAGGAGUUUUUUGAAUACAAAAUUUUGAUGGACUUUAUCUUUCAUGGUCACAAAUGUAAAGAUUUAAAAAAAAAAUAAUGAAAAAAUGUAUAUAUAUUAUACUUUGCCUGAGAUUAGGAAAGAUAUAGAAAAAAAACCUUUUUUGAUAAAAAACUUUAUCAUGCUGUUGAGGAUAAGAGUUUAACUACGAAAGAGUAGAUUAUAAAAAAUGAAAAGUUCAGGAAACUCGAUACACUUUUUCAGUGUUACUUUGCCCCCUUGAUAAAUCAACGAAGAAAGAUGUACAUUUAGUGUUACUUGUGAACAUUCCUUGAUAAAUUUCUCACGGUUUGGCCCUUUAUGUAGUCAAUGCCAAUAUAUUUGCUUGUGUGAGAUAUAUUAUAGUUGCAGCUAUGUUAAAUUUCUGAAGAAACCAAGAGACGUAUUUCUAAAUCGUAAUAUUAGACUUGGUUUUUACAGCCAUUAGCAUCUCGCUCCCGUAGAGACUUUAACGCGCGAACCUUAGAUUUUAAAAGUGGUAAUAUUUUGUAUGAUACUCAAAACAAUGGUGCAUACAUCUGUUAAGUUCCAUGGGAAAAAAAAAUGUACAGAGAGAGAUAUUUCCAUGAAGAUGAAAUAAGAUAGUACUGGAACCGCGAUGUGAUUUAUGAACCUGAUGUGGUUCCCGAGUAUAUUUUGGGUUGUGGAGACUGGUUUUGAAAACUGCUUCUGCAUUUAUCAAGAUUGUGAUUCAUGCCUGUUCUAUACAAUUAAAGAUAUAAAUAACUUUUGAAGCUUUAUAGAACUCAUUCACCUACUUAACGGAUGCAAUUUUGCCAAAGUGGUAUUGACUAAAUGUGGGGGAAAAAAAAAA